AUGAAAUCGAAUGACAUUUAAGUUACUUUGCAAAAAAGAAAAUUCUUCGUUGAAAAAAGGAAACUAGAGAAUCACGAACUGUAAUUCUUUCUAUAAGCAGCUGCUGAAAGGAAAAGCAAGGUUCAACAUGGAGCUUAGCUUCAAUAAGUCUUAUCUGAUCAAUAGCAUAUCAAUCAGUAGCCAUUAAAACUAAUGGAAACAGCUUUGCCUGAAUAACUUAAACAGUAUCCUGACCCUUAGCCAAUUAAUCCUGAAAAAAUGGCCACACAAUACACCCUUCCUCGAAUUUAAAGUGGUAUUAAUCGGCAUUAAUCACGUGAGGACUUGCAUACUGCUGAAUUUAAGAAUUCUGUUAUUGAGACUCUUUAAAAUAACAACUACCAUAUCCUCUAAGAAUAUGUGAGAGAUUCCAAGUUCAACCCUAUUAAGGAAAUUAGUAAGGAGAAAAAUAUUACUUAGUUCUUUGUUUAAAAGGAAAUGCUGAUCAAUAACUAUCUGGAUGAUGAAGAGUAAGAAGUAAAAGCGUAUGUAUCUACUGUAAAAACACAAUUUAUGAAGAAAAAUAACUAGACCAAGAAGAAUAACAAGAAGAAGCAGGCACAGUCACUGAUUGAAUCAGAUAUGGAAAAGCCUAAAUUAAUGCUUAGACAGAAAAAAACAAGAGCUGAGGAGUUUGUAGAUUAAAUAUCGAAGUAGAUUAAUGGCUAGUUAGAUUAGAUAUUUGAGAGAUAAAGAUAAGCUGACGAUGAAGAAUAUAGGUUUAAACAAGAUAUAGACUAAAUUAAGUCCAAUCAAAGCAGAAGAAUUCAAAAUUUUGUUGACCCAAGAGCAACUAAAAUCAGAAAGAAUUUCAGAGUAAUCAAUGAAAAACUAGAUGAAAUCCGAAAACUUGAUCCUCACUUACAAACUCUGCAAAAGAUUUAAACUAGAUUGAAAAUGGUGACUACUGGUGCACAGGGAAGGGCAUCCUAAAGAGACUUGUAAAGUUAGAUGACUUAUAGUGAUGCACCAUAAAAUAUUUUUAGAUCACAAUCGAGGAUUGGUCUUGGUGGGACUAUGAUGAAGAGUAAAAGUAAUGCAGUUAUCCUGAAUGAGAUCUUGAACGUUGGAAGGGACAGUUUUACACAUAAAUAUUGA